CUCGGGUGACCUCCGGCGCGGCCGGGUCCUCCUCGAUCCCGUGGUGCUCCGCGCGCGGUCUCGCUCUCUUCCGGUCGCCGGCAGCCGGGGCACAGAGGGCGGUCGCGGCGGUCGCGGCGGGUAGCAGCGGCAGAAUGUUGAGUACCAGAGUGUUUAGCCUAAUUGGCAAGCGAGCAAUUUCCACCUCAGCGUGUCUACGAGCACAUGGAAGCGUUGUGAAGAGCGAAGACUACGCUCUCCCGAGUUAUGUCGACCGGCGCGACUAUCCCUUGCCCGACGUGGCCCACGUCAGGGACCUCUCUGCCAGCCAGAAGGCCUUGAAGGAGAAGGAGAAGGCUCCCUGGAGUAGCCUCUCCAUGGAUGAAAAAGUUGAAUUGUACCGCAUGAAGUUCAACGAGAGCUUUGCUGAAAUGAACAGGAGCACGAAUGAGUGGAAGACAGUUGUGGGCACCGCCAUGUUCUUCAUCGGCUUCACCGCUCUCAUUCUGAUUUGGGAGAAGCGCUAUGUGUACGGCCCCGUCCCGCACACCUUGGAAGAGGAGUGGGUGGCCAAGCAGACCAAGAGGAUGCUCGACAUGAAGGUCAACCCGAUCCAGGGCUUCGCGGCCAAGUGGGACUACGACAAGAACGAGUGGAAGAAGUAGAGGGGCCCCCCGCUCUCCCACCUGAGCCCCACCUUGUUCAGCCACCUCCACGCAGCGUAGCAUCCUCGCUGGCAACCGUUCUGUGGCAACACCAGUGCUAAUAAAUGAGCAGUCUACGCGAA